AUGAUAGAAAUCAGGGCUAUGCUGCAACAACUCAUUGGGACAAAUGGUAAGAUGCAAGAAAAGUUAGCAGCACAUGAUUCGACAAUCAAAGGCAUUGAAACUCAAUUGGGGCAGUUGUCUAUGGCCUUGAACAACCGCCCACAAGGAACAUUGCAUGCGGAUACAAAUAUUAACCCAAAGGAACAUAACCCAAAUCAGCUAAUGGCAGUGAGUCCCAGGAAUGGAAGAGAUUUAGACAGAGAGCAAGAAGUCGCUCAUUCUAGGAGAGAGACUACGCCAACUACUCCAGUUACAUUAGAGGCAGAUGAGUCAGCAGAGCUCACCGAGGUUAUAAUUGAACAAGCACAGGUUGACAAGGUUAAGGAGAAUGAAGGGUAUGCAAAAAUGAUGAAGGAUCUGAUGUCGCAAAAAUUUGACUUCCAGGACAUGUCCACUGUAACUCUGACGCAGACCUGCAGCGUGGUAGUGACAAGACCUAUGGCUCAAAAAGUGUCUGAUCCAGGUAAUUUCACUAUCCCAUGCACCAUUGGGAGUUAUGCUUUUGCUAAAGCAUUGUGUGACUUGGGGGCCAGUAUAAACUUGAUACCUUUGGAAAUCUAUACAAAACUGGGCAUUGGCAAAGCUAGACCGACCUCAUUGUUAUUGCAACUGGCUGAUCGCAUAGUCAAAAAACUGACAGGAAUUCUUGAUGAUGUGCUUGUUCAAGUGGGAAAAUUUGUAUACCCUGCAGACUUCGUUAUUCUUGACUGUCAAGUGGAUGAAGAGAUACCCAUAAUUCUGGGAAAGUCGUUCUUAGCCACUGGAAGAGCAUUGAUUGAUUGUGAGACUGGAGAGUUGAAAAUGAGGUUGAACAAUAAAGAAAUAAUAUUCAACCUUUCCUCAUGCGAAUUUGCAAAUUGCUCGCUAGUGGAGGCCGUGGAUAUGAUACUAUAA